UUACAAACUAUCUGCGCCAUUAGUUCAACAUGGCGGCUACAGCGGCGAAGAACUGUCUCAGUCCUCUGGCUUUACUCACCAGGAGACUCUCAGCUCCAGAGUUUAUCACCCAGAGCUGCUACCAUCAGAAGGUGGUGGAUCACUAUGAGAACCCAAGAAAUGUGGGAUCAAUGGACAAAAGCUCCAAGAAUGUUGGGACUGGUUUGGUGGGAGCGCCAGCUUGUGGAGAUGUAAUGAAACUUCAGAUUAAGGUUGAUGACCAGGGGAAGAUUGUUGAUGCCAAGUUCAAAACCUUUGGCUGUGGCUCUGCCAUCGCCUCCAGCUCCUUGGCCACAGAGUGGGUGAAAGGCAAAACUGUGGAUGAAGCUUUGGCAAUAAAGAACACAGACAUCGCCAAAGAGCUCAGUCUUCCACCUGUUAAGCUGCACUGCUCAAUGCUCGCAGAGGAUGCCAUCAAGGCUGCUCUGGCAGACUACCGUCUCAAGCAACACGACAACCAUCAGGAGGCAGUCGGGGCUAGCAAUUAAACUGAGCACACUCUUUGAGCCGGAUGUCGUCUGCUUCCUGUUACCAUGAAGAGAAGUAGAUGUACUCCAUCAUCUCUGUCUAACUUUCCAGCAGUACUAUGACUAAUGCACUGUUGUCAACCCUCAGUAGCAGUGUUACACCAGGUUUUCUGUAUUAGUCUGGUCCUCUAACUCUGUAUACUGUAUAUAGCCUGUCACGUAAACGCACAAUUUACGCACCACUUGGACUGUUGGUACAAAGCUGAAACUUAUUUUUGGAGAUCAUGUUUUAUUUGAGAAUUUUAUUCUGGAAGAGUGGUUAAUUUUGAAAAGUUUAACUCGGGCUUUAUUAUAUUUUGCUAAAAGUUGUUUCCUGUUUGCUCCACAAAAACGCACUGACUGAAAUAGAUUGAAUGGGUUUGAAACAACAAAAAAGUGGAGGCGGGGGGGUCCAGUGGUUUUAGAUGUGAUUUACAAACUCUUUAUUGAAAGCCUGCAAUAAAAAUAUUGUGACUCAUUAUA